AUGUGUAGGGGUUGUCCCCCUAUCAUUCUUGGCGGUCUUACCUUAUCCUAUCCUCGCAACGUCAGGGGAUUGCCUCCUCGGUUGCAGAGCCCUGGAUGUGUAGGGGUUGUCCCCCUAUCAUUCUUGGCGGUCUUACCUUAUCCUAUCCUCGCAACGUCAGGGGAUUGCCUCCUCGGUUGCAGAGCCCUGGAUCGUCAGGGGAUUGCCUCCUCGGUUGCAGAGCCCUGGAUGUGUAGGGGUUGUCCCCCUAUCAUUCUUGGCGGUCUUACCUUAUCCUAUCCUCGCAACGUCAGGGGAUUGCCUCCUCGGUUGCAGAGCCCUGGAUGUGUAGGGGUUGUCCCCCUAUCAUUCUUGGCGGUCUUACCUUAUCCUAUCCUCGCAGCGUCAGGGGAUUGCCUCCUCGCUUGCAGAGCCCUGGAUGGGAUUGCCUCCUCGCUUGCAGAGCCCUGGAUGUGUAGGAGUUGUCCCCCUAUCAUUCUUGGCGGUCUUACCUUAUCCUAUCCUCGCAACGUCAGGGGAUUGCCUCCUCGGUUGCAGAGCCCUGGAUGUGUAGGGGUUGUCCCCCUAUCAUUCUUGGCGGUCUUACCUUAUCCUAUCCUCGCAGCGUCAGGGGAUUGCCUCCUCGCUUGCAGAGCCCUGGAUGUGUAG